AGUCACUACAAUACACUCAAGUUCAAGGUCCACUUUCACUUUGCCCUAGUAAGCCGGGGCGACAUUCACCAUGGGCAAGGAGUCGAAGACAUGGGACUACUACGCGUGCUUACUUUUUAUUGUGUGGCCUAUUAGGUCGAUCGUGUACUUCACACCAGUGGCCUUUGGUUACCUUCUGGCGAAUAGACUGGGCUUGGUUGGCCCCGAGUUGCCUAUUGACAUUUCGCUGCUGUGGAUGGUCUACUGUGCCUCGGAAACGAUCUUUACGUUAAACUACCUCUGUACAAAACAACGACUGGCGAAACCUAGGGAGGACCCUCCGCAGUUACUGGCGGAGCUGGCAUCACGCCGCCACGCGCCAGUGUCUGUGCUGGAGUUCUUUGAAUCCAUGCUUCGACAUACUCCUGACGUCAAAACAUUUGUGGAAGAGUGGUUUUACAACACUCCCUUCGAAUGCCUCACGAGACCAGACCUCCGCGUCCUUCUGGCGUAUAUUUUCUAUUCCAAGGAAUGGACCAAACUCCCCUCCCUUGACCGACGAGAUGUCAACCAGAUGGUCGAUCGAUUGUACGACCUCACCAACGUCCGAGAGCCCCCGUCUCAGACCUCGUCGAAACCAACCCACUGCAUCCGCCACACGCUGGACCCGUUCGAGUCCACCGCCCGACCGUGGCUCGUGUACGCCGUCACGAUCGGAAUGGACGCCAUCAUGGGGGUGUUCCUUCGACUCGCGGGGUUCCAGCGGCACCCCCUCACGAGGGGGCUGCGUUACUGGCACCGCGACGCCAUGACGAGUCCCGUGGCCGAGCCUCUGGUGUUUGUGCAUGGCAUCGGGGCCGGCCUGAUUUUGUACUUGCCGCUGCUGUGGUCGUUAGUUACGACGCACCAGAACCGGCCGAUUCUGCUCGUGGAGACGCCGUACGUGUCGAUGCAACUGGUGGAGGACGUGCCCUCUAAGAAGGACACGCUGGUGGGGCUUCAGGCCAUGCUGGCCAACCACGACAUCCAGAGGGCCCAUUGGAUGGGCCAUUCGCUCGGCACGGCCAUCUGCAGCUGGGUGUGCCAGGAGCUGCCGCACACGGUCAGCCACGCCACAUUUAUCGACCCGAUAGUGUUUUUCCUGUGGAAACGAGACGUCGCGUACAACUUUUUAUAUCGACCGCCCACGACGGGGAUUCAAGUGCUGCUGUGGUACUUUGCCUCGACCGAAGUGCACAUUGUGCAUGUGAUGCGGCGCCACUUUUGGUGGUACAGCAUCGUGUGCUUCCCAGAGCACCUGCCACGCCACCCCGUGACCAAUCACGUGGCGGCGUCCGUGUUCCUGUCCAGUCAUGACGUGAUCAUCAACGCACUCGACGUGCACGAACAUUUGAGCACUCGAGACCAAGUGUCGUCCAAGAUGGAAGUGGUGUGGUGGGAUGGCUUUACGCACGGCGAGAUGCUGCUGCACUCCCACGCGCUUACCAGUGUCACGUCCAACGUCAAGUGCCGCGACGUCACCAACCCCAUCAAACACGUGGCCAAGUGGAACUGGGCCGACUACAUCGUCAACCGAUUGGAUUUGAUUCGCCAACAAGAUGUCGCGUGUACAUGGUGGUGACGUUUAAUAGUACCCCGAGACUGACAAAGGUUUCACACGUUUUACAGUAGUCCUUACGAAUUGCAAUAGGGGGAGUCAAUGUAGGAUACUGUAGUUCAUGUCUGGAUGCACACUCAUC